AAAUGAAAUCAGCUAUCAUUAUCAGUUUGUGAAUGAAAACUAUUUCAUGGAUAACGUUGCGUUUAAAUGCGCUCUGAAAACAAACAAAUAAACAGUUUAUUAUGUAGUGUUCUAAUUAUACCAAAAGUCAACAUAUAACAAUGUUCCACAAAUCAUCUUUGACGAAAGUCAAAUUUCAAGAUCAACAAUUAGACGAUUAUGUUCUUGAGAAUUCAGUUCUAAAAAGUAAGUUACAAAGUAAGAUAGAUGCUUUAUCAAUAAUGAGCAGAGAACUAGACAAAUGCAGCAUGGAAAGGGAUAGAUUCAAGGUGUUAGUAGAACAAUUGAUGUGCAAGAAGACAGUGCCUGUGAAAUCUAGCCCAGGUUCUAACAAUAUUUCCUAUAGACUAACCCCUACUAAUACUAUUAGUGGUGGAGAGAUGCUUGCUAAAACACAAGACCAUAACAAUAUGCUCAAGUUAGAGGUUGAGUCUCUUAAAAGCAAAUUAGAGGAAGCUAAAGAGGAUAUAGUAGCUCUCAAGAAACAGUUGCAAAAACAUGAAAACCUUACUGAUGAAGUGAAUGGAAAUAAAAAAUCUUCAACCAUAUUCAGCUACUCUCACAAAGACUAUGAGCAGCUAGUUAAUGAACUAGAAAAAAAUCAAAAGAAGUACCAGCAAAUACAGUUGGACUACAGAGCAACAUUGGAUGAAAAAGAAGAGUUGGUCUCUGACAGAGAUUACUAUAAGAACAAAGUACAACGAUUGAGCCAUCAGAUCAGUUAUAUCUUAUCCAACAGAGCAAAAAUCCAGGACAGUAAUGACAUGGAUCCACCAAAGCCAAUAGUUGACAUUGAUGCUUUAGUUACUGAAAAUAAAUACCUUCAUGAAAGAAUAACACAACUCCAAGUGGAAAAGGAAAUUAUAAAAAGAACACUAACAAAAUAUAAGACUCUACUUGAUAAUAGAAGUAAAAAUUACUCUUUGCAGAUGAAAAAAGGCUUUGCAGAUGUUAUGACACAGAAACAAGUGAGAGAAUUUUUGGAUAAUAUUUAUUCUAAGGCAGGAUUAAAACAGGGGUCAGCAGCAGAAUUGAAGUCUCUCUGUCUAGGCCUUUUUGAGGCACUUAAUGAUAAGUCAAUUGCCUUACAACAUCAAAGAAAAACUAAUCAGAUUCUAGCUAAUAGAAUAACAGAGCUAGAAAAAACAUUAGAAAGUUGGUGCAAUGGUCAGAAAUAUAUCCCCAUAUUUCCCUCACAAAUGUUGAUGGACGAGUUUUUAACUGACUCUGGGUCUGUGAAAUCAAAUGAUUCAAAGGAACAAUUAAAAUCCCAUGACAGUUCAGAGAAUAACAGAAAUAAGUUUUCUGAUAGUGAUGACGAUUUAAAUAAAGAAACCAGUGAUGGGUCAUCAGGAGACCUAAGGAAGACAUAUGAUGAUGAUGAUGAUGAGGAUGAUGUCGAAGAAUGCCAGGAGCUAAGAAGGAACAUGUCGAAGACUGUUUUGCCGCAAGACUUGCAAGACUUAGUGAAGGAAGCUCUUGCUGAACUAAAACCAUCGAAUUAAUUUCACAAGUUGUUUAGUAUCUGACAAUGGCUGUAACAUAAGAGUACAAUUUGCAGAGAAAUGUUAUUAAAUCAUUGGACAAUGGGUAUAAGAAUGGCGAAGCACAACAUUGAAUAGGGCUGAAACAUUAUUUAAUUUUGUUAUGUUGCUAAAUAAUAUCAAACGGUUCCCUACUGCUUGCCAACUAUUGCUAUGGGGCACUUGAACACUAAACCUGAGUUCAUCCACUAGUGUAAAGUAAUAUAAUUACAACAGCUUUUUCAGUCACUAAAUCUUUAAACUCGUGGUAUUCCAGAGAGCAGAUUGAGGUGAAUUAUCAUCUAAACCUCGUUUUUUUUUAAAGGAAU